AUCGCAAAAGUACCUACCUAACCGAACACCUCUUCAGCCGCGGCGCAGCAUACCAAGCAUUCUGGACCGUAGCAACACAACCCAUGCUAUUAUGUAAACUUAGAUCAUGCCAAUUUCCCAAUCGUAUUGAAAGUUCUUGGCAUCGCGAACUUAUAAAUGACGAAGGCUACGUUCUGAGGUUUUCAGUUUACCUAGAUAUUUGAUCGUAGUAUUCUCGUUGCAGUAUCGAAAAAAAAUGAAUCAACUUCCCACUCUCACCAGCCCUAUUUAUCCAACUGUCACCCCGUCACUCACGGCAGUAUGGCAAUUAGCACCAAUCCCGGCUAGUUUAGAAGCCUCUGUUAUUGAAAAGAGGUCUUAUUCUCAGGGGUCAGAAAGCGGCUUCGUCGUAACCUACCAAGUCAACUGUCCAGCCACAAGUUCACCCGAGAACGACGCAUGUCGCGAGCUCAGCAUCUACCCAGCCGAAGUAUAUCACACGCAAGGCUCAGUUUUCGGCGGAACAUGGACGGCGGAUUCUAAAGACGCGACGACGUGGCGAUGCGAAUUGGGGGAUUGUAGUACGUGCACGGCGUCGCGCGCCGAGACCGCGGAUUGUAGUUUGACUAUCAGAGACGCGAGCUCGAGCACACGGACUGAGACCACGAAGAUUGAAAGUUGUUACUUGGCGCAACAUAGCGUGCCGCUGGUGCUCACUGCUGGUGCUGAGAAGCUGGCGACUGAUGAUUAUAUAUUCCAGUCGAAUGUGGGCGCGUUCACUUCGAAUAUAGGGGAUUGGUUAUCGACCAUGGGUUGUGAGCAGAGGCCGACGCUGCAAGCUGCGUCUGUGUCGCAGACUGCAUCGGUAACGGAUCAACCAACGGGUACGGUUCAGUCGACAAGUCCUACGCCAAGCUCAGCUGGAAAUGGCUGGGAGUCGAGAAGGUUAGGGUAUGGAUUCGGUGCAAUGUCUUUCUUGAUAGCGUCUUUCUUCGCCUAAGCUCGUUUCGAAUGGGAUGCACCUAUAAUUAGGAAAUGAAAAUAUCAACGGGAAAUAGUGGGAAUUGCUUGUGCUCAUCAGCUGCCGUUUGUGAAGUGUUGUGCUUCGGCUUUGCUCCGAUCCAUCAUACCACAGCCAAUUCACCCCUAAUGACUUUACGAUUAUAUUCAAGGUAUCGACUCGCUGAUGAGGAAGAUACUAGCAGAUUAAGAGGUGUUCGGAGUAAAAUCCGAUGAUGAAUAGACAGUUAAUAAUUCAUAUGGUCUUGAAGUUGUAGAUGCUAAGUUGCCUUCGCCUAACG